AGGAUAGCUAACGGCCAGGAGAAAUAUAGUGGAAAAUGCAAAACAACGAAAUUAUAAAACCUGCCAAAUACUUCUCAGAAUUGGAAAAGAGCAUCUUGCUUGCUUUAGUAGAAAAGUACAAAUAUGUGCUGGAAUGUAAGAAAAGCGAUGCGCGAACUAUUGCCCUUAAGCAACGUACCUGGCAAGCACUCGCCCAUGAAUACAACUCUCAGCCCAGCGUAUCACUGCGGGAUUUCAAGCAGCUGAAGAAGUGCUGGGAGAACAUCAAGGCUCGGACCAAAAAAAUUAUGGCCCAUGAAAGGAGAGAGAAAGUGAAACGGAGUGUCAGCCCGCUUCUGAGUACCCACGUCUUAGGAAAGGAGAAGAUUGCCAACAUGCUGCCCGACCAGCUCUACUUCCUGCAGAGUCCCCCGGAGGAAGAGCCUGAAUACCACCCUGAUGCUGCAGCCCAAGAAUCAUUUGCUGUUUCAAAUAGAGAACUGUGCGAUGAUGAGAAAGAGUUCAUACAUUUUCCAGUAUGUGAGGGGACCUCUCAACCUGAACCCUCGUGUUCAGCUGUCAGAAUAACAGCCAGUAAAAACUACAGGAGCAAAACCUCUCAGGAAGGUGCUUUAAAAAAGAUGCAUGAGGAAGAACACCAUCAACAAAUGUCCAUCUUACAACUGCAACUGAUACAAAUGAAUGAGGUGCAUGUGGCCAAAAUCCAGCAGAUAGAGCGAGAGUGUGAGAUGGCAGAGGAGGAACACAGGAUAAAAAUGGAAGUUCUCAAUAAAAAGAAGAUGUAUUGGGAAAGAAAGCUACAAACUUUUACGAAGGAAUGGCCUGUUUCCUCAUUUAACCGGCCCUUUCCCAAUUCACCCUAAGACUUUGGGGGUGGCUCCCUUGUAAUUAAUCUGUGUUGGCAAAGAAAGUGUGGAACAUGAACUUGCGGUCAGUAACCUGUAACAGAGCUACAAUUAGGAAAAUUAGAGUGGUAGUAGUCACUUAUUUAAAAAUACAUUCAGGUAAACGGCUGCACCCUAUGUACUCCUUAAGUGGCAAAAAAGCUGUUAUAGUCUUCUGAAAAUUAUCACGAGUGCUAUAAUUCUGAAUGUCAUGUCUGUUAAUUAGAAUUCAUACAAGAACCAUGUGUGAGUGUUUUUUUUUUAAACAAAUGCAAGUGUGACUAUAAAGGAGUGUGGCUGAGUUUUCUUUUUCUUUUUUUUUUAUAAAAAAAAAACAGACGACAGAACUUUUCUAUCCAGAUGAAUGCCCUCCCAUUGAAAGUGGCUGUCCUGGGAGGCCCCAUGUGUCUUCAGUGGUGAUGCGGUUGCUCAGAACUUGUUAGAGGUCUUUAGGGAACCUCCAGGAGAGCUGCAGCACCUUUUUCAUUUUUUCAUUGUCAUCCUGAGUGUGGAUUUUCUGUUUUUAAACCUCUCAACAUUUGGAAGGAUAUUUACUAAUGUGGCUCAUAAACUGCCUUUUAAGGCCUUUUCCCUAAAUGUUGGAGACAUUCCAAAUGUCUCCAACAUUGGUAGCUUUGUUGGAACUAAGGAUGUAACUACUUUGAGGGAGAAAUGUUCAUUUAGAUUUCUACACUCUGUUAUGUUUGAUUUAUUAAAAAAAAGACUUGUAAGUUUAUAGUCA